GUUUUGUUGUUGGGACGGGCGCAAAGGCGACUUUAGCUAUUAGCAGCUGUGCGAAUUUAAUUAAAAAAUAAAUAAAACUAUUCACAGAUGCGGAACAAGACAACAAAGACGGGCGCGAUAAGCUUUCGUCUCGUGCGAAAUUGACAAAAUUUAAAUAGUGGAUAAAAUUUUUUAGUGCAAGCAUUCCGAUCAUUCGAUUCGAUUGGGCAAUUACAAAGUACAAAAUUCAAAAUAAAAUAAAACCAAAAACCAACAAAAUCAAAGUAUAAUAAAUUUCCUGUGUUUAAAAAAGUUUUUAAAUAUAUUUUCAAGUCUGUCUUGUAUAUACGCACACACAUAGACACAGACACCCACCCACACAGUGAUAGUUGUUCCCCCUUUUGAUGCUGAUAAGGCGACAGCAGUAGCAGGCAAAGCAACAGGCAGUAGUCGAUAGAAAUCUGUGAAAUGCGCAUUGCAAAAUGAGUGACGAGGAGACCUCAGACAAAGUCACGACUCAGCUGAUUGGUAACACAAUGGCGUCCACACCAGCCGCUGUUCGUCUGCCCAUUGUGGGCAUGACAUGUCAGUCCUGUGUCCGCACCAUUGAGGAGCAUAUUGGUCAGAAAGCGGGCAUACUCAAGGUCCGUGUCCAAUUGGAAGAGCAUGCCGGCUACUUUGACUAUGAUCCGUCUCAAACCAGCCCCACACAAAUAGCCAAUGACAUCGAUGACAUGGGCUUUACAUGUAGCUACACGGAUCCCUCAUCAGCACCCACCAGCAGCGACACCAGCGGCAGCAGCAGCAGAAGCACAAAUAUCCGUGUUCUGGGCAUGACAUGUCAGUCGUGUGUUAAAAAUAUCGAAGGCAAUAUUGGCACCAAGCCUGGCAUUCUCCACAUUGUGGUUGAUCUGGCCAACAAAAAUGCUAAUGUCACCUACGAUCCUGGCCAAUUAAAUCCCGCCCAGAUAGCCGAGUUAAUCGAUGACAUGGGUUUUGUGGCCAGUGUGGCAGUGGGCACCAAUAGCCGUCCAACCAGUCCAACAACCACAAAUCACUCCAAAUCGCCCGUCCCAACGCCCAAGGCAUCGCCGCCGCACGCUCCAUCGAAUGGAACAGCGGUUUGGGUGCCCAUUGAGAAGGAGCUACUCACAAAAUGUUUUCUACGCAUACGCGGCAUGACCUGUGCCAGUUGCGUGGCCACCAUUGAGAAGCAUUGCCGCAAAAUCUAUGGCCUGGAUAGCAUACUGGUGGCCCUUUUGGCUGCCAAAGCUGAGGUUAAAUAUAAUUCCAAUGUUCUUACCGCGGAGAAUAUUGCCAAAUCCAUUACCGAAUUGGGUUUCCCCACCGAUGUCAUCGAUGAGCCCGACAAUGGUGAAGCCGAAGUGAAAUUGGAAAUAUUGGGCAUGACCUGUGCAUCCUGUGUGAAUAAGAUUGAAAGUUAUGUACUCAAAUUGCCUGGAGUUACCGCUGCCUCGGUGACCCUAAUGACAAAACGGGGCAAAUUUCGCUAUAGUACAGAUGAGACGGGACCAAGAAGCAUUUGUGAGGCCAUCGAAUCGCUGGGCUUUGAGGCCACCCUGUUGACAGGACGCGACAAGAUGACCCACAAUUAUCUGGAGCACAAGGAAGAGAUACGAAAAUGGCGUAACGCAUUCCUCGUUUCAUUAAUAUUCGGCGGUCCCUGCAUGAUAGCCAUGAUCUAUUUCAUGAUGGAGAUGAGCGACAAGGGUCACGCCAAUAUGUGCUGCAUAGUGCCGGGUCUAUCGAUGGAGAAUCUAGUGAUGUUCAUCCUGUCGACGCCGGUGCAGUUCUUCGGGGGUUUUCACUUCUAUGUACAAUCGUAUCGGGCAAUUAAGCAUGGAACCACCAACAUGGAUGUGCUCAUCUCGAUGGUGACGACCAUAUCGUAUGUGUAUUCGGUGGCUGUGGUCAUUGCCGCCAUUCUCAUGGAACAGAACAGUUCGCCAUUGACCUUUUUCGAUACGCCGCCGAUGCUGUUGAUAUUCAUUUCACUUGGACGAUGGCUAGAGCACAUAGCUAAGGGCAAGACGUCAGAGGCGUUAUCCAAACUGUUGUCCCUCAAGGCGGCCGAAGCGUUGCUCGUAGAAAUUUCCUCGGAUUUUGAUAUUGUAAGCGAGAAGGUUAUAUCGGUGGAUUAUGUGCAACGUGGCGAUGUUCUAAAGGUCAUACCCGGUGCUAAGGUGCCCGUGGAUGGGAAAGUACUCUACGGUCAUUCCACAUGCGAUGAAUCACUCAUUACUGGCGAGUCCAUGCCCGUGGCCAAGCGCAAAGGUGCUGUAGUAAUUGGUGGCUCCAUCAAUCAGAACGGAGUCCUCCUUGUCGAGGCCACGCACACCGGUGAAAAUACAACAUUGGCCCAGAUUGUACGCCUCGUGGAGGAGGCUCAGACCUCGAAGGCGCCUAUCCAACAGUUGGCCGAUCGCAUUGCCGGCUAUUUUGUGCCUUUUGUCGUGGCCAUAUCGAGUAUAACACUUAUUGGCUGGAUUAUAGCCGGAUUCGCGAAUCCCAAUUUGGUGCCAGUGGCCAUGGAGCAUAAGAUGCAUAUGGAUCGGAAUACCAUUAUCAUAAGCUAUGCAUUUAAGUGUGCUCUCAGUGUGCUGGCCAUUGCAUGUCCGUGUGCCCUAGGCCUGGCCACGCCCACAGCUGUUAUGGUGGCCACUGGAACUGGUGCCACCAAUGGCGUACUGGUCAAGGGAGCCACUGCCUUGGAAAAUGCCCAUAAGGUGAAAACUGUUGUCUUUGACAAGACUGGAACCAUUACCCAUGGCACACCGAUGACCAGCAAGGUUACACUUUUCGUCUCACCCCAAGUUUGCAGUCUCGCCCGCGCUCUAACCAUUAUUGGGGCAGCAGAACAGAACAGCGAGCAUCCCAUUGCGUCGGCCAUUGUCCUGUUUGCCAAAGAUAUGCUCAAUCUAGACACCACAGUGGCCAGUUUUGGCAAAUGCUCCAAUUUCCAGUCUGUGCCCGGUUGCGGCAUCCGUGUCACAGUCUCCAAUUACGAGCAGACGUUGCGGCAGGCGUGCAACGCUGAACGAAUUAUCAACUAUGAGAACCUUUGGCGUACCCAACCAAACAGUGCCGUCCAUGUGGAUAAUGGAGCCAGUAUUGAUCAGCUGAUACCUCAUGGAGAUGUCCGGCAAUCGAUGGAGCUGGCCCACCAACAACUGCUGUCCCUCGAGCCUAAUGGAGUCCCAAAUAAUGGUCAGGUGGAGCAGCAGACGAUUAUCGAUGGUCCCGAAAUUCACGUCCUAAUCGGUAAUCGGGAGUGGAUGCAGCGCAAUGCCAUUGAUGUGCCGCUCGAGAUAAGCGAUUGCAUGACACGGGAGGAGCAGAAGGGUCACACAGCUGUCUUGGGCGCUCUCAAUGGGCAAUUGGUGUGCAUGUUUGCUGUCUCUGAUAUGGUUAAACCGGAAGCUCAUCUUGCCGUCUACACGCUCAAACGCAUGGGCAUUGAUGUGGUCCUCCUCACUGGUGACAAUAAAAACACAGCGGCCAGCAUCGCCCGUGAGGUUGGCAUACGCCAUGUAUAUGCCGAGGUGUUACCUUCCCAUAAAGUAGCUAAAAUUCAGCACAUUCAGAAGAGUGGAAUUCGUGUGGCCAUGGUGGGCGAUGGUGUCAACGAUAGCCCUGCCUUGGCACAAGCCGAUGUGGGUAUCACAAUAGCAGCCGGCACCGAUGUCGCUGCCGAAGCAUCCGAUAUUGUGCUCAUGCGAAACGAUCUCUUAGAUGUAGUGGCCUGUUUAGAUCUCUCACGCUGCACAGUACGGCGUAUACGCUAUAAUUUCUUAUUUGCCAGCAUGUACAAUCUAUUGGGCAUACCAUUGGCCAGCGGUCUGUUUGCCCCAUAUGGCUUCACACUACAGCCCUGGAUGGCAUCGGUGGCAAUGGCCGCCAGUUCGGUCAGUGUUGUCUGCUCAUCGUUGUUGCUGAAAAUGUAUCGCAAGCCGACAGCUAAAACCCUACGCACACCCGAAUAUGAGGUACACUUGGCCGCAGAACGAGCGCGGCUCAAUGGCUCGGAAUCGGACUAUGACAAUCUAUCGCUGCAUCGCGGUCUGGACGAUCUGCCCGACAAGAGGCAGCAGAUGGCCUUUAAGCGUUCCAAUACAUCGCUUAUAUCGCGCAUCUUUUUAACCGGCAGCAAUAUGGCCGGACAUGUUACAAAGUCACAGCAUGAGGAGGGACUCCUCGACUCCAGUGAUCAUCUCGAUGGACGGGCCAAGAUAGUCAAGUCGAGAUAUUUGACUGAUAGUACAGAGCUCCAGAAGCUCUAACAAUAACGACUAACGAAAAUUUUCAGUGAAAUUUGUGAAAUUAAGCAACAAAUCAAAAUCAUACAUACAUACAUGCACAUAAAUAAACAUUGCAUAUAUAUCUAUCAUUUUAUAUACAUACAUAAUAAAGGUGGUAUAUUUUGGCAGCUAAUGAA